CCUGUAAGUGGCAGAUGUAUUUAUUAAAUCCUGGAUAUUGCUCUAUAAGACUGGUGGGGAGAGAGAGGGAAAGUAUGCUCAUGUUGUAAGUGUCUUAGGGUUUAGUGGAACUCCUGAUUUGUUUGGGUGUUAUGUUCAUAUUAAAGUGAUUCCUUUUCUAUGAGCACAUAAUAUUUGCUAGGCAGCUUGAACACCAAUACUGUGCCUGGUUAUGUUAACUGUAUCAUGUGUGUACUUGUCUGUACACAUAGUUGGCUUAAUCUAAGUGCAACGUACCUCCAGGGUGUGGCCAAAAAAAUUUUUUUUUUCUUAAUAUAAAAUGUAUUACUGCUGGUUGUUUUAAGGACCAAAAGAUGAAAGGAAGUGAUGAGAAUGAGCAUAAUUAUUAUGUAUGGAUUAAUGAGAACCAUCAAUCACCACAAAUUUCUGAACCAUUAUAACAUUUGGCAAAUGUAAACUAUAUGCAUUGUUUUUCCUUUAGACAAAUGCCCAAGGUAGGUUAUGGAAUCAAGAAAAAAAAAUUAAUUAAAAUUUUGCUAGUUGUCCUUUGCCUCAGACAUAAACCAACAUAUUUCAUAUUAUUAAAAAUUUGUAUUACAUGUCCUGCUUCAGCAGCAUGCAAAGGCUUUCUCUUUUUAGACAGACACAUCCAAAUGGCAUUGUCCUUCCAUUUAAAGAAGUCCAGCAACCCCUAAUAAUUCUCUGCAAUCAUAUCAACUGUUUAUACUUCUGGUUUCUAUGUUACCUGCACUAGAAGCAAUUACAACAGGCCCCUUAGGCAUACGAGAGUUCAGUUAUGGUGACGAAUUAGCCCUGACAGGGACCGCUUUAAACAGCCUCACACCACCUCCUCCACAGAAGAACGCACCCAACUCAUCCCAACAUGUGCUGGCCUGUGCGCUGCAUGUUGACAGGAGCAGCUACCACGGUUCUGUGUGUGCGAGACAGACCGUCUGCGAGGUGUUGUGUGAGUGUCUUUUUCUGAGUUAUCUUGAAGCCCAUUUUCCAAUUCUAGGCAGAAAGAUGACUAUGAUCGGGUUGCACCAAGAGAAGCAUAAUGUCUUAAUUAUAUGAACAGACUGAGAGACUUCCAUCACUAAAUAUCACCUGUGGCCAACAAGAACACUGAGUUCCUGUGUAGCUUGAUUGCACAAUCAUUCUGCUCUAUUUGACGUUCACUUGUGAGUAAAUAUUGACUGGCCUAAUUAAACAAGGAUAUAGCCUGGAGAUAUUAUUCAGGCCUUUAAAAUGUUCCAGAGGAAGAAGAAGAAGAGGAAGGUAGAGAUCUCUGCACCCAAGAACUUUGAGCACCGGGUGCACACAUCUUAUGAUGCUGCUCGGGGCUGUUUUGUAGGACUACCACCACAAUGGCAAAGUAUAAUAGAAACACUAAAGAGACCCAAGCCUUUGGUGGAUCCCUCCAGCAUCACAUCAGUGCAGCAUAAGCAGAAGAAGGACAUUGUGCGGGGCAGUUUUAUAGGACAUGGAGACUACAUUGCAGCAGCAAUUGCUGAAAUGACUAGGCUUUCUGUUACCAGCUCCAACUCUCUCAGGAGGACUAGUCUGUCUAUUCGAAAACGAGCCCAGUCAUUGGGACGCCUGGGUGAGCUCGUUGAGGGGGAAACAUAUCAGUAUCAGGAACUGAAUCAAAAUAAAGAGAAAAAUGGCCAGUCUGUCCUAGAUUGGCAUGAUUGGGCAGGGCAAGUCUAUAGUGAGAGUGGAAGCCCACGACCAGGCACCAAAAAGAGUGCCACUCUCCAACCUAAUGGGCUGCAACCAAGAGCCAGGUCUAUUAUUGAAGUCAGCACGGCAUCUACGGGGAAGCCGGGGCUCAUGCCAAGGGACAUUUUAGGUUUACCAGGAGCAGGUCAAGAAGGCAAAUAUGCACACAGCGAGAGAAUCGGAUCUUAUUAUCCCAGCAUGGUCCAGAGAGUCAGUAAGGCCAACCAAAGGCCUAUGUCUUGCCUCUACAAUACUCCCACCUUAAGUCAAGGGUCAAAGGUCAACCCAAGGAUGACUCCCAACUCAGAGCUUCCCCUGGUUUCUGUGGAGACCCCUAGGAGGCCAUACUCCACUUAUGACUUGAAGACAAACUCAGGGGGGUUCCCAGCCACCUCAAAACCAAAUGGCACCAGCAGUCCUAAACCAGCAUAUGACACCCACUCUCAAUCACAGUCCUCCAGCAAUACAACAGUCAUAUCUCCUAGUAAUGCUUCAGUACCCCCUAUACAGGACAGUCCUUCUCAGCCUCGGCCCUCACCUACAGGCUCCCCUGCCACUAACAUUCCUGGGGCUUGCUCUCCCAAUAUAAGAACUGCUGAGCCAGCCACCGUCAUUUGUGAGCAGCCUGCAGUCACUCAUGCACAGUUCAAGGCUGCUCUGCAAAUGGUAGUAGACAAAGGGGACCCCCGCACCUAUCUGGAGAACUUUGUGAAGAUCGGUGAAGGCUCAACAGGAGUUGUCUGUAUUGCACGGGAGAAACAUAGUGGGAAACAGGUAGCAGUGAAGAUGAUGGAUCUGAGGAAACAGCAAAGGAGAGAGCUGCUCUUUAAUGAAGUGGUUAUCAUGAGAGACUACAGGCACAAGAACGUGGUUGAGAUGUACAAGAGUGCUCUAGUGGAGGAGGAGCUUUGGGUCAUAAUGGAGUACUUGCAGGGUGGUGCUUUAACCAACAUAGUAUCUGAAACUAGGUUGACAGAGGAGCAGAUAGCUACAGUGUGUGACGCUGUUCUACAGGCUCUAGCCUAUCUCCAUGCACAAGGUGUCAUCCACCGAGACAUCAAGAGUGACUCAAUAUUACUAACACUGGAUGGGAGAAUAAAGCUAUCAGACUUUGGAUUCUGUGCUCAGAUCAGCAAAGACAUUCCAAAGAGGAAGUCACUAGUUGGAACUCCAUACUGGAUGGCUCCAGAGGUCAUCUCCAAAACCCCAUAUGGCACAGAGGUGGAUGUGUGGUCUCUGGGCAUUAUGGUGGUGGAGAUGGUGGAUGGUGAGCCUCCAUAUUUCAGUGACACCCCAAUAGCUGCUAUGAAGAGUCUGAGAGAUGAAGCAGCACCUUCUGUCAGAAAUACACAAAAGAUCUCACCAGUGCUGAGGGACUUUUUAGAAUCCAUGUUGACAAAGGACCCACUGGAGAGAGCGAGUGCCACUGAUCUGCUCAAUCACCCUUUCCUGCUGCAAAGUGGCUCCCCUCGCUGCCUGGUGCCUCUUGUGGAGCAGUACCGGAAACGCAUGUCUCGCUGCUGAACAGCACAUCACUGCAUACAUGAGCAAAAUACAUAAACUCUAAACAUGCAAUUUAUGAAUGUGAACUACUUAUGCCUUUCAGUGACCUGACCUCCAUGGUCAAUAUUUUCAAAAGGGAUAUGCAUGUAACAUUUUCACAUUUUUUUAAAAAAAUUUCAUCUAUCCUAAUUAAAUGCCCACUAGAGCCAUUGACUUUCCUGAGUUUACAAAUUAAAUUCCACAAUUUUAGUUUAAAAAUUAAGUUAAACUUCACUAUACCGAGUACAUCUCAGUAUUAUUCAUUACCUACCAGAAAUUUAUUAAAUGACUUCACAAAGUAUAAUCUACAUCUAAGAUUUUUUUUCAGUUUUAUAUUAAUGUUUAGUAUUUCCCUAACUUCCUAAAUCUCAGUGCUUCAUCAAAAAUACCUAGUGUCCUAAUGAAUGGCAUGUAUUUAUUUGAUAUUAGUACAAAUGAUAUUCAAAUGAUGAAUACAUAAUUUACCCAAUAAUCUGUCUCUCUGAAGUAAUGGCCUAGUUGGGUCUAUUUUGUAUUAAAGCACUUAUUUCUGACAUCAGAGCUAACAACCUUAUUGUUAAUACCUUACUGAUAUUUUUUA